AUCAGGCUUGGUGGCUGAACCAUCUCAGGAGACAACCAUUCUUAUCUAAAUAUAAAGCUUGGCCCUCAGCCUCUUAAGCAUGUGAGAAUUAAAGAUCCUCCGAGUGCCAGGCUGAAUAAUAAGUUUUGUGCGUUAGGUCUUAGAAGGGACUCCACAACUGGUUAAAUCCAUAUGGCCACGGAUAAUCAGCCUCCCUGCCACUCUGGACCUCAGUUCUCCUUGGCUCCCUCAGUUUCCCUAGCUCAGUUCGUGGGGUGCUUGCCGAAAUCAGAGCACAGAAAGCAAGUCCAGGGCCUUCCGCUGUCCUCUUUGAUGGCGACUCCCUCCCUCUCUACUAGACCCAGGCGUCUUGGAAUGGAAGUCCACUUCCCCGCUGGGCUCCGGUCACUGUGGAGCUGCUCCGGACGCCGGGCCGCGACCCCGGGCCACGUGCUCGGGCAAACCUGCGGCGGGUCAGCGUGGGAGGCCGAGGUGACCCGAAGGUGAUCCCGAGGUGGGCGGGGCGCCGGAGCUCGCUCUCGCGAGACUUCGUCGCGGGGGCGCGGAGCUGGCGGAGAGGACGCGGCGGGCGGCGCUUCCUCCGCCGCUCCGUUUCCACUCCGCCGAGCUAGCCGAAUCCAGGUCUUCCAUUUCCGCCCGCCGGUCCGCUGGCCGCUGGAAGUAGCGAAGCCGAAGAAGUUGUGGCCGCCCCGCCGCCGGCGCGCGUCCUCCUCCCGCCCUUGCUUUUCCUCUGAUUCAGGCCCGCUGCCCCAAGCUUCGCUCUGCCGAGCCCGCAGCCCACGCCGCGGCCGACAUGAGCUUCUUGUUUGGUAGUCGCUCUUCUAAAACUUUUAAACCAAAGAAGAACAUACCAGAGGGGUCUCACCAGUAUGAGCUCUUAAAACAUGCAGAAGCCACGCUGGGCAGUGGCAACCUGCGGAUGGCCGUUAUGCUUCCUGAGGGAGAGGAUCUGAAUGAGUGGGUUGCAGUUAACACUGUGGAUUUUUUCAAUCAAAUCAAUAUGCUGUAUGGAACUAUCACAGACUUCUGUACGGAGGAGAGCUGUCCGGUGAUGUCAGCUGGACCAAAAUAUGAGUAUCACUGGGCAGAUGGAACAAACAUAAAAAAGCCCAUCAAGUGUUCUGCACCAAAGUAUAUUGAUUACCUGAUGACGUGGGUUCAGGACCAGCUGGAUGAUGAGACAUUAUUUCCAUCAAAAAUUGGUGUUCCAUUCCCCAAGAAUUUCAUGUCAGUGGCAAAAACCAUACUCAAACGACUCUUCAGAGUCUACGCUCACAUUUAUCAUCAACAUUUUGACCCCGUGAUCCAGCUUCAGGAGGAAGCACAUCUCAAUACAUCUUUCAAGCACUUUAUUUUUUUUGUUCAGGAGUUCAACCUUAUUGACAGACGAGAGUUGGCACCACUGCAAGAGCUGAUUGAAAAACUCACCUCAAAGGACAGAUAGAGGAUGCAAAGCUGUGCACUCUUCUUCAGAUGGAGCUGCGUGCGCACAGUGUCGUUGGCUUUGUUAUAUUUCACUUUUGUCUAGAGUGUUUCUGUUUUAGGUUCUGGGGCUUGCUUGGGUUCCCUUUUUUCUUCUGAAUAUAUAAAAUCAUAUUCUGUCGCUAGAGGAAGCUGAGAACCAUUUGAAAAGAGCAGAUUUUGUCUUAGUGGUAUCCAGUAUUUUUUUCUGUUUUAUUUUUAUGAACCUGGUUUUGGUUACUUGAGGAGUUUAUAUAAUAGUGUGCGCUGGAAACAGAUGCGAACUGACUGAAGUGCUGAUGGACUGGGCCUGUGUGUGCAGACUGUGGCCCACUUUGGAGUCCCUAAAAGACUGACGUGGUUUUAAGUGCCUUGAUAGGCUCACUUCUAAGGUGCAAAGCACAGAUAUAGGACUGAACAGAGCUUGAAACAAUAUUAGAAUUUCUAUCUAGGGCACUUACUUGUGCAUGUUAUAAAGUAAUCUGUUAUAAAAGCCAUAGUUUACUCAAAUUGUUGAUCUCCAGCUUUUACUAUGUUGAGAAAGACAUAAUUUGUAAAAUUGUGCAUGUAGAACAUAAAUAUAAAACAACAAAUUAUUUCUUAAUUAUUUUUGACAUAAUUUGUAAAGGUGUGCAUGUAGAACAUAAAUGUAAAACAACAAAAUUCUUAAUUAUUUUUGAUAUUGACUAAUAUAUUCUGUUCAACAGAUGUUUAAAGUUCUACAAGCAGGUCUUUUCCCAUCUCUUAAUAUCUGUGAUAUUGAAAUAUGAAGAUGUUGAAAUGUAAUAGAUACUGCAUUUCAGCUUCUUUCUACAUGUAAGUGCACUGUAAGUGUAAAACUUCAGGUUAUAUAUAGAAUCGCCAUCUUCAUUAAGGAUGUUGAACUGUGAGGUUUCCUAGCAAUUGCCAAAUGAGCUGUAAGUGCAGAAUCCCUUUGUACUUCAAAGAGGAAAAGAAAGUGAGACCUGUCACAGCAGGCAUUAGUUUGGGAAAUUACAGAGAGGAUUAGUGUGGGAGUCAAAUUCUAGAAAGUCCUGUUUUAGAGCCCUGGGAUAGAAUGGUGUCUAUUACUUACAGUCUGGGGGACUUCCUUUUAGAGAUCAGCUUCCAUGAGAAGUUAAACAUAAGUAAUUAGUUUUAGGUACAGACGUUAAACAUGUAAUUUAACUAUUUGGGGAAAUAAUCCACUUUUUAGCAUUUCCAUUCAGUGAAUGGAGCUGGUAUUUACCUGUCAUUUUAAAUGAUACACUACCUUGAUUAUUGGUGCAGUUUGAAGCAUCUUGACUCCUUGUUUUUCCACUGUGAGAAAUCUUUUUUCUUUGUAGUGAUAUCAAGUAGUGAAAAUGUCAGCUCAGUAGUUAAUAGCUUUUAAAUGUUGGCCGAGAUGACACCCUGUCAAAUGAUCAUUAUCAACUACAGGUUCAGCAGUUUGGUUUUAGAGUAAAUACUGAGGAUCGCUCCCCUUCAGUUUUGUUCUUGAGAAAUACUCCUUUAAGACUGAGUGUUAAUUUUGUCAGUUUGGAUAAAUCAGCCUCCCUCAAUUUUCCCUCUUUCUAGUUAGAGAUACACACUUUCAAACUUGUGAACUAGAAAUGCUUGCUGUGAAUUUGUAUACAAACACUUAGUGGAUGAGAGUCUAAAAUGAACAAGUGGACAGUGAUACAAUUAGAUGCCCUUGCAGUUAUGAUCACUAGGAACUGCCUUUUUCUCCAUUUGAUUUCUGUAAUGGCAAUUGCUUACCAUGUACUGCUCAUAAAAGGAACAAAAGAGCUUGGAAAAGGUAGAUAAUACUGGGCAUUUAUUAGUAAUGCUUAUUUAUGAACUGACAGCUAGCUGAUUUCUCUAAAAUACUCUUUUAGUAUCUAAAUAGAUAAUGUCAACCAUUAUGGGUUGUUCCAAAUUCUGUUGUUUGAUUCCUCUCUAUACAGGAAAUGAAGCACAUAGUUACUCAUUAAAAUAGUCUUCCUUAGUAUGUGACUUUCUGUCAUCCCUCUGACGGGCUUCCAUAGCAGCAGCAUGUAGAGAGAGGAGUAAGAGGUUGCUUCUGGUCCUUUAAGCCUUACAUACAGUAGUACACUGUCAGGAUGGGAACUAGUCCUAGAAACUAGUGCUUGACAGUAGGACUUAUCGCUCCGUGUGGAUAGCAGUUUAUGUUCACUGUGUCAGAAUCUCAGGUGCCAUGUUUUCAGUCAGCACUCAAGUUUUGGGGAAUAGGGAGGCGUGUGUGUCUAUAUGGUGAGAAAGAGUAGACAUUUCCUGGGGAAAGGCCUGGCAGUUGUGCAUGCUGUUGGGUGUAUGACUAAAGAAAUACCAGGAUACAAGAAAAAGUCAGUUUAAUAAAAAUUAGCUUUGAGAGUAAAAUGGGUAAACCCCUCCCCCCGUUUUGGUUUUUUGAGACAAGGUCUCUGUGUAGCUCUGGUUAUCCUGAACCUCACUCUGCAGACCAGGCUGGCUUCAGACUCACAGAGAUCUGCCUGCCUCUGCUUCCCAAGUGCUGAGAUUACAGGCACGCAUCACUGACGGUCCAACAAAAUGUCGUUUUAUAAAGUAAGGAUCAAAGCUUGAUUUUGCAGGAAAGCUUGCUCAUAAAUGUCUCUUAGGUUCUCUUCAGAACUGUUAAUUUAUAAAUAAGUAAGAUAAUUAUUCCUUUUUAUUUCUUCCCUUAUUUUUUGAGACUGGGUCUCACUAUGUAACCCUGGCAUAUAGACCAGGUCUCAAAUUGUAAGAGAUCUGCUUGGCUCUGUACCCCAAAUGCUGGGAUUAGAGGUAUGCACCGCUAUACCUGGCUACCCCACUUUUUAUACAGUCAUAAAAGUGCAAGCUGGUUUUCCUUAUUCUUUCAUAACCUCAUCCCAUACAAUUGAAUGUAGUAAAUUAUUAUUACAGUUGUUACUCACUCACAUUGGUUGGUUAAAUGUGGACACGAUGAAGCAAGAUUUAGGAAUUAUUUAGUGGUCAGAAUAGUGGUGGUGAAGAGAAACCAACCAAGUGAAGUGGUUGUCGUAGCAGUAGGUAGUGCAGAUGGCCUUGUUCGUUCUUCAUGCCCCGUAGAAGCCAUGCUAUUAGACUGCCCCAGACAGAAAGCAUGUGUGUGGUGGUGGCUGUGGAGCUCUGUCUACCUUCAAAUGGAAAAUUUUUAGAUUUAAAUUUAGAUCUUUAAAUUUUGUUUCGCUAGUCAUCGUAACUCUAAAUGGUCAACAUGAAGUUAGCAGAGUGUGUUUUAACACAUACUUCAGGCUGAGUCACUACCUGGACUACAGGAUAGAUGAAGCACUACAGUCUCUAUCAGAAAGUGGAAUAUGGGUAUUUAGAUUUCAUUUUAUGUAAUGAGCAUUUUUCUUGCUUAUGGGGAAAGAAAUAAAACAACAGAUUUCUUUUAUAGCUUUGUCUGCAUCCUCUCUGACAGAGAUUUUGAUAACCACUGAAAUGGUAGAUUAUGUGAGAUGCAAAUACUAAGUCGUCCACUGCCUUUUAAGAUGAGCGUACUUUGAGAACUGACUUAUGUCUGUGUAAGAAAAGUCAGUUUCAUCUUUUUAGUUGCACAAAAACAAUUUUUUGAAGCUUAAUAGAACCUACAUUAACUACCAAACCACAUUCACUCACUUAGCUAUUUUCUGAGAACCAAGCCAGUGUGGAAAGCAGAGUAUAUUUUAGGCUCUAAUCUGCUGAGACGGGGACUACAGACUUGACGGCAUCAUAGAAAUGUAGGUUCCUGAUGUCACUAUGGGAAGUAGGAACUAUUAUUUACAUGUGAAAAUGUUUUUUAUUACUUUGUAUUUAUAUAGAAUUUUAAAACCAAGGUCUUUCUCUAGAACUUGCUUUCUAUCUUUUGCCUUCCCCUAAAUGUUUGACUUGUGUUGGGUAGUUUUGAUUGAGAGGCUAGUAUGGAAAUGGGUCCAGUACCUACAGCAGCCCUUUAAAGAAGCAAAGCCUUUAUUGACCUCCACUGUUUUCUGUUUUAUUGUGAAAAAGGCUUCCUUUCAAUUUGUCUUUAAUGAAAGACUGGAGAUUGAUCUAUAGGAAAAUUGGAAACAAUUUUUUUAUUAUGCCAAAUUUUAGCCUACCUGUCAAUACUAUUUAAAAUUAUGUACGUAUUCAGCAUAUGUCAUUUAUAACAUUAAAUUCUGAUUGUGUUUUGAAAAUACACUGAACCAAAAGUUUAUUUGUAAUUUGGAAUGUGAUUGCAUACUAGGAAAACAUCUCAUUUUGAAACUUACCUGACACAGUAAGGAACAUACCAGUUCUAAACUCAGCUGGUCGUUAAGCAUCACUCCUAACUCACCUCACACAUUAUUGUUUUGCAGUAAUGGAGAGAUGUCCAUAGGGGCUGCAGUUACCAGUGUGAUUGUUGUGAGGCAAUAAAUGUUUAGAGAUGUGUCUCCUGAUCUAAUAGGAAAGUUCAGUGUUAACAAAUAUGCAAAGAAUUCUGAAUGCAAAUGGUUUGAAUUUUUAAGGCUUCCCUAAGAAGUUAUUCAGUGAGAAUUCAUUUUGAAGGUAUAAGACUGCUCUCUGUCUCUCACUCAUAGUUGGAUUUAUUUGUAUUCUGACAAAAGAGAAAAAAAUACAAUAAAAUAUUGGGCCACCUUGUAAGUGUGGUACAAGCUCUUCCCCUCCCUCCUUUCUCUCUUGCAUAUAGUAUUACAUGGUAGAAAACGUUGGGAUAAAAUUCUUAGACUCACAGGAAGCAAAAUCACUGGCCUUUAAGAUUUGUGUUUCUCCACUCAUCUGUGUGUUGUGUGCACAAAUCCCCGCUCUCACGCACUCAAGACUGAGUUUACAGUUCACCAUUGUUAGAGAUUCAUACAGGUUUUCUUUUGUUUGGUUGACAGUUUCUAUAUGUCACCAGAGCUGCAGUUAUUGGUGACAUAAUAUGACAAUUUCCUAAAUUCUUUUUCAUAAUUAUUCCUUUAUGGAAUUUCUUCUACUUUUGCACAAUUUGAGUUUAGUUUUGAUCUUGAAAUAGUCAUAUAGGUUGUAAAAUAGGUUUGUGUAUUUUUGUUUGAGAACACUUUCCUCCUUAAAUUGUCCUGCCGAAAUGACUAUUUUUUAGGGAAAAUAGUUUUUUACAGCUACUAAACUGUAUUUGUUAUUUUUGUAUAUGCAUAACCAGGGUGGUGAAAUCACUAAUAUUUUAGGGAAUACUUUUGUUAUAUUUGAUUUUUUCCUAUACAUUUAAGUUAUUACUUAAAAUUAUUGGUAGAAAUAAUGUUGUGAAGAUAGCAUAUAAGGAACACAGAAUAGAAAUCAUUUCUGAAGACAAAAAUCAGGACUGCUGCCAGUGCCAGGUAAUGGAAGCAGAAGGAGGAUUCGCGUUGUGCAAUUGCUUAAGCUAUGCACGGAGACAAAAGUCUGUUCUCGUGAUGGGACAGGUUCUCUAGUAAGAUAGUUAGAUGGGACAAAAACGAUCUAAACUAUGAAAUGCAACGUAGGCGCCAUAUUGUAAAUUGUGCCAAGAUUAUGCAAAUUGUAGUUACUGAUCAAAGUUGUUUCUCUGUUAUUAUUUUAAAGGAAAUACUGAAUGUCAGAAAAUCUGUAUUAUGUUUUAUUUGACAGAUGUAAAUAAUGUAUACAGUCUUAUAUGUGGCAGAAUGGGAGGUAUUUAAAUUUUAGGUUUUUUUUCUUUAGAAGAAAAUGUUUAUAAGAAAAAAACCCUAAUAAAUACUUUUGUUUGGCCAUGA